AUGGUCCCAAAUGAAGCCCACCAGUACACGGGAGCUGUCCGGUUAUUUCAGCAUUUUGGAUGGACAUGGGUUGGGCUCUUGGUUAUAGAUACUGACAAAGGGGAAAGAUUCUUACAGACAAUAGUGCCCAUGCUUUCUCAGAAUGGCAUCUGUUAUGCCUUCAUCAUAAGAUUGCCCAAAUGGAAUUAUGUCAAUGAGUUGAUGCAGUUGCUUGUACAGCGCUGGGAAACUUAUGGAAUUAUUACUCAGGAAAACACCAAUGUAUUAUUUGUAUAUGGAGAAAAUCCAUCCUUUCAAGUUUUGAGAAUAUUGCUGUUUCUACGACCAAUUAUGGGAUCUCCUCCUCUGGGGAAAGUAUGGGUUAUUACAUCCCACUGGGAUUUCACAUCACUGUCAGUUCAAAAGACAUGGGACAUGCAAACUUUCCAUGGUUCCAUAUCCUUCACUGCUCACUCCAAUCAGCCACCAGGCUUCCAAAAUUUCAUUCAGAAGAUAGGACCUUCCUGGGCAAAAGGAGAUGGUUUUAUCCAGGACUUCUGGGAACAGGCCUUCAGCUGUACAUUAAGAAUGUAUAACAGGCCAGAAGAAGAGGAGAUCUGUACUGGAGAAGAGAAACUGGACAGCAUUUCUGGAAUUUUGUUUGAAAUGAACACGACAGGCCACAGCUAUAGUGUCUACAAUGCUGUCUAUGUUGUGGCACAUGCUUUGAAUGCUAUGGUUGAAUCUAUCUCCAAACACAGAAGAAAAAUGGACACUAGGAGAAUGGUAUUUCAGGAUGUGCAACUAUGGCAGAUCCAUCAAUUUUUAAGGCACACCAUAUUCAAUAACAGUGUUGGAGAAACUGUGUGCUUUGAUGAAAAUGGGGAACUAGAUACUAUUCUUGAUGUUACAAAUUGGAUAAUGUUCCACAAUGGCUCAGUGGUUAGAGCAAAAGUUGGAAGACUGGAACCUCAGGCUCCUCUGGGCAAAGAGUUAACCAUUGAUGAUGACCAAAUUGUAUGGCAUCAACACUUUAAUCAGGUGCUACCCUUUUCUAUAUGUAAUAAGAACUGCUAUCCUGGCUUCAAUAGGAGAAAGAAGGAGGGAGCAAAAUUUUGCUGCUAUGAUUGUGUUCCGUGUCCAGAAGGGAUGUUCUCUAACCAAAAGGUGCUAUUAAUUUUUAUUAAGCACAGGGAAACCCCCAUAGUAAAGGCCAACAACCGGACCCUCACCUACAUCCUCCUCGUCUCUCUCUUCCUUUGCUUCCUCUGCUCUUUUCUGUUCAUUGGGAAUCCUGGAAGAGUGACCUGCCUUCUACAACAAACUGCUUUUGGCAUCAUUUUCUCUGUGGCUCUUUCUUCUGUGUUGGCAAAGACAAUCACUGUAGUUCUGGCAUUCAUGGCAACAAAACCAGGGGCCAAUAUGAGGAAAUGGGUGGGGAAAGGUGUAGCAAAUUCUAUUGUCCUUUGUUGUUCCUUUGCUCAGGCUGGCAUUUGUACUCUUUGGUUAAGUACUUUCCCUCCAUUCCCUGAUACAGACAUGCACUCAUUGCAUGGGAAAAUCAUACUGCGAUGUAAUGAGAGUUCAGCUAUCAUGUUUUACUGUGUCUUGGGCUAUAUGGGUUCCCUGGCCAUAAUCAGUUUCAUUGUAGCUUUUCUUGCCAGGAAGUUGCCAGACAGUUUCAAUGAGGCCAAGUUCAUCACUUUCAGCAUGUUGGUGUUUUGCAGUGUGUGGUUAUCUUUUGUCCCAACCUACCUGAGCACCAAAGGAAAAUACAUGGUAGCUGUGGAGAUUUUCUCCAUCUUAUCAUCCAGUGCAGGAUUACUGGUUGGUAUCUUUUUUCCUAAAUGUUACAUCAUUGUGCUGAGACCAGAGUUGAACAGCAAACAGCACAUUAUAAGGAAAACCAAGUGA